UGUGAUAACCCAUCGGCGGAUUUAAAAAUGGGCGAUUGGGUAGCAGUGGCGGGUGUACAAAAAGGCAGCAAAUCUGCAGCAUAUGAAGUUAUUGAUUUGCCAUCUUUGAUAAAGGCAGAAAUGCCAACAAAGGUGGAACAGGAAACGGUGCUGCUCUUAUCAGAAGUUAAACCGGAACGCAUUGACGGUGAUGAUUUUUACGGAAGUUCCCCCAUGCUUGGGACUGUUGUGGGUCCAGCCGUCGCUGUUGCUGCAAAAAAAGGUGGAUGUGUUGCUGCGUGGUGUUGUCCUCGAAUUGGCCCUGAAUUCGAAAUUUUUUGGGAAGCUAUCGAAUUUAUGGCAACUGCAAGUAACAGGGACCGAACGAAUGACGUAAACGAUGGGCGAAAAGUCCGCUUUAAUGGUAACUGUAAGGUCCAUUAUUUUGAUGGAGAAAAUAUCACCGAGAACGGCGUUCAUCCUUUCCGCGAAAUCACAGAAAUGCAGAAUCAGAAUACUGUGAAAAUGGGGCUACGGAGACAAAAUAUUACGCUGUUACAGUUAGACAAGGUGAAACUCACUGUAAGCAGUGAAUGUCAAUAG